AUGGCUCAUUGGGCUAGAAUACUCCCUCGUCGCCCUCAAAUAUUUUUUACCAAACUCAAUUCACAAAACCCCAUCUAUAUCAUUAGGCCGAUGGCGGCUUACUCAACGCGGCCAUCAUGGCUCAAAUCCCUCUUAGACGACACAAGUCCCGCCCCCAAGCUCUACGCCUGGACUCCAUCCAAUAUAGACAGCAACACCGCUAGCAAUGUCAAUGCCAGUCAGCCCGUUUCUGAGGAUUUAGAUGGCCGCAUAUUCAUCCUCGGAAUCGGAAAUUUGGGCCGUCUCUAUGCUAGCUGUCUCUCCAUGCACUCUCCCCGUCCUCCAAUCACCCUUGUUGUCCACAGAAAGGAGCUUCUAUCUCAAUGGAUUCAAGGCCCCGGAAUAGAAAUCAUGCGUCUAGGGCAAGUAUAUGGCGGCAAAAACGAGUUCCAGAUUGAGUGGUGGACUGAAGAGGCUCCUUCUCACGGUCCUGUCAGAGAGGUUGCCGAUGCGAAUAAGAUUCGCAAUCUUCUCGUAAUAACAAAAGCUGCUGCAGCCAUGCCCGAAACAGAUAGGCUCAGGCGAUAUCUUAAUGGCAACAGCAGCGUGGUGUUUGUCCAAAAUGGCAUGUCAAAGCUGUGGCCACCUCAUGGACAAGAAUACAUGUCCAAGCGGUAUCCCACCGGUGACGGGCCUAAUAUCCUGGCUUGCGUUACGAAUCACGGCGUCUACUCAGAAGGGCCAUUUAAAAGCGUUCAUGCGUCACCUGCUGAUUCUGCUAUUGGACCUGUUUUGUUGAAUGAGAAUGCUCAGCCGCUCGCACCUAGUGUGGCGUAUCUUACAGAGACGAUUGCAACGGCGCCGGCCCUCAACGGAAGAUCUAUAUCAAGAGCUGAUCUCUGGAUCUCACAGCUUCAAAAAUUGGUUGUAAAUGCUUCUAUAAAUCCGCUCACUGCCAUUCUCCGUUGCAAAAACGGUCGCCUAUUUGAGAAGCCUGAUGGCGUCGUCGCCCAAGUCUUGGACCGUCUCCUACAAGAAGCCAGCGCUGUCCUUCAAACUCUCAUCAACCAUCCCAGCAGCACGGAUAUUCUUGCCUCUGACGGUAAGAGUGCCCAAUCACUGGGCACUUUGAGAGAAGAGCUUACCGCACGCUUCUCAUUCGCUCAACUUCGUCCAAUGCUCUACAAAAUUGGCGAGAUUGUCAAAGAGAAUUCUAGCUCUAUGUUUCAAGAUGUACAAGACGGGAAAAAGACAGAAGUCCGAGACUUCAAUGGCUGGUUGGUUGAGACUGCAAGUUUCCUUAGCCAAGAUGACAGCAGUCAGCGACGAGUCUUGGACGUGUCCUGCCACCAGGCUAUGGUCGAUUUAGUAGAAUCAGGUGCUAUUAUGAACGAAGAAGAGCUAGGAAAGCUUCUUUUGUCAUCAUAA